AUGACUGAGCAGUCGUUCCAGAUGGAUUCUCUACCCCCCGCCAAGGAAAUCCAUGAUUGCAUCAGAACCAAAGUGAUGGACGAACUCAAAAAUCUAUACGAUCCGACCCCACUGGUCGAACGGCUAUAUUCCCGCUCUAAUGGAAAUAUUCUAUGGGUGCAUAUUGUCGUGAGGAUGCUGGCCAGAAAAUACCGUGAGGGACUGGAGUUGGAGCUUUUGGAUUUUGUGGACGAAGCUCCAGCGGACAUGAAUGACCUCUAUCGGGAGAUUUUGCAUCAGCUCUGUCCUCAAAAAAAGCUACGGGGGCUUGCAAGGGCUCAUUUUCAGUGGGUACUUUGUGCAAAGCGACCGAUGACAGUUCAAGAAUAUCGCCUGGGCGUAUUUGGAACAUUUGGCCCCACUCGAUGGGUAAAGGAGGAGUCUCUGAUCAAUGAAUUCGAAUUAAUCAACUUCAAAUCUCAAGUGGAUUUUUUCUGCGGUGGUCUGAUCAAGUUCGUCCCCAACGAGAAAGGAGAACUUGUAGUUGAGAUGGUCGAUCAAUCAGCGCAGGAUUUCCUGAACAAUAAUCCUGACUGUUGGUUCUUUGAUGAGCCGGACACCGAAGGCCCGGAUUGGGCCUCACAAGCGAAUUUGCAACUCGCUGCAGCAUGUAUGGAAUAUAUCUGUAGCUGCGAUAUGGCGGAAGGGCCGACACAAGAGACUCACUGGACAGCAGUUUCCCAGCGAUACAAGGAGCGACUGAACCAACAUCAGUUCCUACAGUACGCUUCUCUAUACUGGACUCAUCAUCUAGACAGCGCGGCCGAAUGCAUCUGGGAUCUUUGGGAUGAUAUUGUGUAUUUCAUGGAAGAUGAAAACGCACCUUCAGCAUAUCAAAUUGCCCAGUUUGAACGGCAGAGGGACUUCCGCCCAUAUUGUCAUCCUAUCCACCUCGCUAGCAUACUCGGACACACAGCUGUUUUGAGACUCUUUUUAGAAAAUGGAGUCAAUGUAGACCUGACAGAUGGGUUUGAUUUGACGCCACUGGCAUAUGCAGCCGAAGAAGGACAUCUGGGGGUUGUGAAGCUGUUGGUUGCCAACGGCGCAAACGUGAAUCACCGGCAAGCAAAAUGGAAUAUCUCACCUGAGCAACCUGUCAAAAACACCGACACCCCUGUGGUUCAAUACUUGCUGGAUAGUGGGGCAGCUCUUGACCAGUUAGAGGAUCUUUUACAUGAAGUUGCUUCCUUUGGUCACAUAGCCGCUGCGAAGUCCCUCAAUCAGAUUGACCUUGACAUCCAAGGAACGCCUCUUCAGGCGGCCUGCACCCGGGGAAAUACGGAGAUUGCCAAGUUUCUCAUCGAUACCCUAGCUGAUGUGAACCUACCUGGGGGCUUGUAUGGUACCCCUCUUCAGGCUGCCGCCGCUAAAGGGCAUGCGUCCUUGAUUAGCUUACUUCUUGAUCACGGCGCAACAGUCAACAUCAACAAUGGCGAAUACGGCUCACCCCUCCAAGCUGCGUGCGCCGAAGGCUAUCACAAGAUUAAAGAGCUACUACUACAUGCAGGAGCUGAUGUUAACCUGACCGGGGGGUUCUAUGGGGAUGCCAUGCAAGCUGCGCUCGCGGGUGGCCAUCCAGAUAUCGCAAUACAACUACUAGACGAAGGAUUCCGUGCCCAAGGAGUGGAGGCAAGGGGACACUAUGGAUUUCCGCUGCAAGUGGCUGCAUGGAAGGGCAAUACAAAGAUUCUGGAGGCUCUGUUAAACCGAGGCGCCGAUGUCAACAGCUCGGGUGGAUACUUUGGCUCAGCUCUACAAGCGGCCUGUAGCGCGGGCUGCAAAGAGGCCGUGGAUAUGUUGAUUGCCAAUGGUGCGAACCUCGACCACACUGGUGGCCAUUAUGGAACUGCUUUGCAUGCAGCCUGCACGAAGGGCUCGUAUGUCAUUUGUGAGAAGCUCUUGGAGUGUGGAGCUAACCCACUCAAAUCGCUGCCCGGUUCAGGAACCCCUGUUCAACUAGCCGCCGCUCAUGGAGACGAUGAUCUCUUCCAAAUGCUUCUGAACAAAGCGGCAGAUAUAAAUAUGGAUAGCCAGUUUGUACAGGACCUUGUUGAUGUUACAGCCAUGGCGCCUGAGGAUCCUUUCAAGGGCCCUAGUCGCUCCACGCGAACCUAA